UGUAUCAAUAAAUCAGUGUAUCAUGGUUUAUUUCGCACGUCAUUCUUGAAAAAUCAUAGUUCUAUCUCAAUUAAUUUUAGCCAGUUUAAGAAUAAGUGUUUGUAACGUUUUUUACAAAAUGAAGAGUUCUCAAAAAGUGUUAUUUUUGAAUAUUUUUUAUCUUAUUUUUAUAAAUAUCAAUGGAUUAUCAUAUCGCCCUGUUGUUGUUAUUCAUGGAGUUCUCACUGGAAGUCUUAGUAUGGAGGAAAUUAGUAAUAGAAUAAAAGAGGCACAUCCAGGAACUCAAAUCUUCAAUACGCCAAGAUAUGCUGGUUGGAGCAGCUUGGAACCAAUGUGGCGUCAAGUAGAAGAAAUUGGCCAAGAUGUAAUUAGCAUUGGUGCUGCUUUUCCAGAAGGAAUUAAUUUACUAGGUUACAGUCAAGGAGGAUUGAUUGCGAGAGCAAUUUUACAACGAUUUCCUGAACACAAUGUUCGGACUUUUAUAUCACUGAGCUCACCACAAGCUGGCCAAUAUGGAACAAAAUUUUUACGUUUAUUUUUCCCGGACUUAGUAUGCGAAACUGCCUAUGAAUUAUUUUACUCUAGAGUUGGUCAGCACACAAGUGUUGGAAAUUAUUGGAAUGACCCGUAUCAUCAAGAUUUAUAUUUCAAAUACAAUCAAUUUCUACCAUACGUCAAUAACGAAAAGAAGUCAUCGAACACAACAGGUUUCAAAGAAGGUUUAACUAAACUAAGGCAAAUGAUUUUAAUUGGAGGACCAGACGAUGGAGUAAUUACUCCUUGGCAAAGUAGUCAAUUUGGAUUUUUUGAUAGCAACAGUACAGUUGUGGAAAUGCGGGAUAGAGCCAUAUACCAAACAGAUGCCAUUGGAUUGAAGACAUUAGACAAAGCUAAAAAACUCAUAACUUAUACAAUACCAGGAGUACCUCAUAUAGCAUGGCACCUAAACAUGACUUUAGUUGAUCGAUAUAUUAUACCUCAUCUUGACUAAAUAAUCUAAAAAAAAUUUUACAUUUUUAUAAAUUAUAACAAUAAUAGUGAAAAAAUAAUAAUUAAUCUUAAUUAUUGUA